CCCAUGGUUCGUGUGGAUUGACGUCGUCUGUUUCCGGAUUCUACUCACUUCGAACACCAAAAACUUGUCUAGAAAGAAAUGUUCACGGCGAUCUAUCGGUAUUUAUUCCGUUAAAUCCUCGUAGAUCGCAUGUUGAGCGUAUAAGAAUACAAUACCAAGAAGACUGCCAUGCUCUAGUGCGAAAAUAUGKGAGUUAACUAGAAAUAUUUGGAGACAAACAUUUGGAUAUCCAAAGAUCAACUCAGUUGCAUCAAUAUUUUGAAAGACUUCGAUCUGAUAAUUAUUCGCUUGGAAUUCUACGUUUGAUUUAAGUAAAUCACCACUUAACUUCGUCAUGAGUAAUCCCUCUAGCAGUUGGCCAUGGUAUCAUUCCAGCCUCUCAAGAAGAGAAGCAGAAGCAGUGUUAAGUGGCAAAACCCCGGGGACUUUUCUCGUAAGAGAUAGUUCUUCAAUUCCCGGAGACUUUGUCUUAUCGGUCAGUGAAAGUGGAAAAAUCAGUCACUACAUUAUAAACUUCAAGGGAAGCUAUUACCAAAUCGGUGAACAAACAUUUCAAGAAAUUCCAAGUAUCAUUGAAUUUUAUAGACAACACUUUCUGGAUACAACCACACUGAAAGAACCAGUUCCAAAGGAACCCGAAAACUUGGAGACAGUCAAAGCAAUGUAUAAUUUUCCUGGAAAUGAUCCAGAGGAUUUACCCUUUAGAAAGGGCGACAUUUUGACAGUGAUUAAAAAAGAAGAACCUCAUUGGUGGAGAGCAAGAGACAGCAAAGGAAAAGAAGGAAUGAUCCCAGAGCCAUACGUGAAACCAGUCACUGCUUCAUCUCUACCCACUACAUCGACAAGAAGACCUCCUUCUGACCCAACAGGAGUUUCUGCAAGUGAAAGUUUCCGUUACCAUACAAGACCACCACUAGAUAUCAGAAGUGAUGAUUUUAACUUUGCAGUGGCCAUAAUGGACCAUGUUAAACCUUAUGAUGAUACACAGCUUACAUUUCAUAGGGGAGACUAUAUAAAAAUUAUCAAGAAACAUGAAGAUGGUGCCUGGUUUGGUGAGUUCAACAACAAAACUGGCAAAUUCCCCUUCACAUAUGUGAGACCUUUACAUCCAGAUGAAAUGAAUGGCUUAUAGAACCACAGCUUUUUAACUCAGUUCAGUAGCUGAAAUGGUUUGUUCAAAGAACAAAUUAAAUAUUUCCAUGCAAGGAUAGAGAAUAUGUAUGUAGUACUAAUUUUCAGAGCUUCAAAUGAUAUUCAUGAUAUCCUACAUAAAAGACAAUGAUGUUAGAUCAGACACAUCCUAUCAACUCAAAAGAUGUUGAAUGAAAGUGCUUGAAUUCCUUCUUCAGAUCAUUCUAUACUGAUUGCAUUAGUCAUAGGCUUAUGGAAUCAGUCUAAGACCAGAUCCUUAUUCUUUGGAAAUUUUAAUCCUUCAUGGGGGAUGUAUGGAUAUUUUCUGGAACUACACAAUGUAUGGUAGACUCUUGCACCCUUCCCACCCCUUGGAAUUCCAAUCUCCCCAGGGGGGUAAGGAAGGGGAGGUAUAGAAUAAGCUUCUCUUGCAUGGAUUUGCCAAAGUGAUCAAAAGAAAACUUUAGACUACUGUCAUGCAUGUAGUUUCUCUAUUUUGCAAUUUUUUUUGUUCUUCACAUAUCUUAUAAUUAUUUAUUGUUUAGCACACUAUUUAGUUAAUUUCCCCUACACAAUAUCUAGCUUAUAAUCCUUCAAUGAUAUUUUAUCAAUAUAAGCAAAGUAAUCAAUUUCAAGCAUGUACAAUAUACAACCGUCGCAGAUGAAGCAAAUUGACUGCAUAUUUGAAUUCCCAUAAAUGAUUUUUGCUGUGUAUGAAACGCAGCCGCAGCCGCUAUUAGUAUGGUCAUGCAAUCCUCAAGGCAUUGCGUGAUGUGUAUCAGGGGUGGAUCCAGGAUUUUGUUCAGGGAGAUGUGCUGCGCACAAUAUUAACCCAGGAAAGGUUUCACCUCUUACAAUCAAAGACAAAAAACAAAAUGGUUAUCUUCAAAGUAGGAGCACAAAGUGUAACCAGCGAGGGGUGUGCACCCCCUGCACCCCUCCCCUGGAUCCGCCCCGGCUUAUAGUGCCUGCGUAGGAGGCUACAUAAAACUAGUCUUUAUCACAACUCCUUUUGGGUUGUCACGUGAUACUAGACAGUUCUCUCUUGCUUUAAUGUUGCAAAUGUAGUUGGUAAUGUCUUCAUUAAUUUCAUCAAUAAUAAUAGUCUUUCUUCCCAAAAAAACAGGAAUAUUUUUUUAAGAUUAAUGUAUGUAACUAAAUCAAAUAAUACUUGAAAGCAGGCAAAAAACCCUUUUCUAUUAAAGUCUUUUUUGGUUUGUCUUGCGAACUUCUUAUCAAUCACACACUUAUAAGUCAUAAUGACUAAAAAAAAUAGAAAGAUUGGAAAAUUUGAUCUGUGAGCUAGAUACACCCUGACUUUCACUUUGAUCACCACAGAGGUUGAAAUUCAGAGUUCAAACUGUGAGUUUACCAUUUUCUGACUUUGAUCAGCCAAUGAAGAGGUUGUUUCAGGGUUCAAUCUUUGAGUUAGCUGUGCCCUGACUUUGAUCAGCCCAGAGGUGGUUUCAGAGUUUUGAUAAGUGAUUUUUUUGCUUUUACUUAGAUCAUYCCAGAGUUUGUUUCAGGGUUCAAUAAAAAUUAGAAAUUAGAACAAAUAAUUAUUUUAACCUAAAUAUUUUCUUAUCUUCUGUGACUAACUCAGUAAAUAUAUAAGUGUUUGUUCCUCACUGAUAUUUUGACAUAAUUAGCUAGAGGCAAAUGACACUUGUAAGAAUAAUCAUGUGUAAAUAGAUUAGAAACUGUCAAAUCUUUUAGAUAAACUUUUGAUAGAUUAUAAAUGUCAAAAUGUCUGGAUCAA